AUGUGUACUCGGCCAAUCGAUUGCACAGCACCGCCGGCCCGCCACCCAGACCCCUCCACCUCCACCGCCCAGCUCAGCCGGUUCAUCCGAUUCAGCCCCAACAUCCUCCUCGUCAUCGACGAGGACCUCCGGAUCAGACUGGCGUCGGCAAGAGCCACCGAUCUGCUCGGCCCCAUCAUCAACCGCAACCUGUCCACACUCUGCCGCACUCAUCCCAACCGGCCAAGAUCCGAUAAUACUAGCAGCAGCAGUAGCACCCGCGGCGAUCAGGAUGCCGAUGACCGAGCAGAGGACGAUGCUGAGGAAGACGAUGACCAGCAAUCAACCUACUUCGAACUCAAACGGAUCUGCGCCCAUGCCAAGCGCCAGAUCCAACAACACAAACAUCCCCAGCCCUCAACAUCAGCAUCAUCCGCCUCCUCCUCCUCCUCACCCGUCGCCCAGCCCAAAAACUUGAACGUCUGUCUAUCACCACCCCCAACAGGCCUGCUCAAGACUGCUAGCGAGAGCCCGAUCGGACUGCUCGAGAUCUAUGGAUUCGAACCCUGGCCAUCGGAUCAAGAAAUCUGGUUCAGCUGCACGUUCGCCCAUACCCCUGCGCCGAUCGACCGUCUCAGUAACCGCGACCGAUUUGUGGAGCGGAUGAAACACGUGCUCUUUGAAUCGGUCGUCGAUUGGCCCAUCCAUGCCAUCUCCGUCGACCGGACAGUCUCGAUGGCCAACCAUGCCGCCUGCGAAUCCUUUCAAGAGCUUCGGCCGAUCGAAGAACAUCCCAGCCCGAACGACUCCCAAUCAAGCUCAACAGAUUGCUUAUUCAGGCUCGAUAGAUGGAGACUCUUCGACCCCCAAUUCCAGAACGAGUAUCAGCUCACCGACUUCCCCAUCGAGCGUGCUCUCAGAGGCGAGACGACCAGGAACCAGCAGUACGGCUGCAUCAUGCCAGAUGGCGCCAAGAGGAUACUCACCUUGAGUGCCAAGCCGAUCAGGGAAUAUCCCAUGCAAGACUAUCCCGAUGGAUCUCCCGACCACAUCCUCGGCGGUCUGAUCUAUGUCAUGGAUGUCUCCCAUCAAAACGAGAACACAAAGCAGAUCGAACAAGAGAAGGAGGCCCUCAGGGCCGAGGCAUCGGCUGCUGAGGACGCUAAUAAGUCCAAAUCAGCCUUCCUGAGCAACAUGUCGCAUGAGAUUCGGAUGCCGAUCGCUGUGAUCCAAGGACUUAUAGACCUUCUACUCGAUAGUGACCUCACCACACAGCAGAGAGAUCAUGCAGAAACUAUCAAAGCUUCCGCAGAUGGCUUGCUCACCGUCGUAGGUGAUGUCUUAGAUCUCAGUAAAAUCGAAUCCGGUAAAAUCACCUUUGAACAUGAGCCGUUUGAUCUAGCACAACUGAUCUCAGAAACCGAGAAAUUCUUUGCUUACACGGCCAGGUCUCAAUCCAAUCUAUUCGAAUGCCACCUCUCAAUCUCGCCUCUCUUGAACCCACAAACGAUCGUCGUCGGUGAUCGUUGCAGGAUCCGUCAAAUCUUGAAUAACUUACUCAGUAAUGCUCUCAAGUUUACCACUCGGGGCUCAGUUAUCUGUUCUAUCAAGCUCGAACCACAUCAGAACGGCCUCUCCACAGAACCUCAACAUCAGCAACAGUUACGAUUGACAGCAGAAGUGGUGGACACAGGAAUCGGCUUAACCGCUCAGUCGAUCAACAAGCUUAGCCAGUUCGAACCUUUCUCGCAAGCUGAUUCAUCAACCUCCAAGUUGUACGGUGGAUCUGGUCUUGGCCUGUGUAUCGUCAAAAGCUUUGUCGAAGGAUUGGGCGGCCAGAUCCUAUUGGAAAGUAAUGGACUGGGAAAAGGGUGUAAAGUCACUGCGUCUGUGAUCCUCGACCAAUUCCACGAAGCCCCAUCACCGUCCCCACUCAAGCCUAACCCAGGGCAAGCCAGUCCUAGGUCGCGCCAACACUCGCCACCCCAUCACGGCAGUACUCGCCACAUCAGAAAUACGUCGACUCAUUCAUCAUUCCACGGCCCCCUAACACCGAACAGAAAUGGACGAGAGACACCGACAGACAUCAUCGACAAGAGCAAGUAUUCGAUUUUGAUUGCUGAAGAUAACCCGAUCGUCGGCCAGAUCACCCUCAACCAUCUCAAGAAGGCCGGCUUUGUCGGGGUCGAUCUGGUCAAUAAUGGCCAACUUGCGUUGAAUGCAAUUUUGAAAAAGUUCUAUCAUCCUCUCAACCAAUCGCCCGUCAAAGAGGAAGAUGCACUUAAAUCGAUCCGCAGUCAUUCUUCGAACGAAAAUGAUCAACAACACCCACCCAGAAAAACUUACGAUUUGGUCCUGCUUGAUUUGAAGAUGCCUUUACUUGAUGGUUAUCAAACUCUGAAAGCCAUUCGGAAAGCGAUUCCUAAAGUUUACUUGCCCGUCAUUGCUCUCUCGGCUUCAGACUCGAGAGAAGACAAAGAGCGAUGGGAAGAAGCCCAGUUUGAUGAUUAUUUAAGUAAGCCCAUCAAAGGAGACGAACUGGCGAGACGAGUGUUGUAUUUUCUAUUGCUUGUGGAUGAAGUCAGAAGUAGGGAUGAUUCGAACCUCACUACAAAGGAUGAAAUGGUAACGGAUGACCCAGACCAAACAAACGCGCCCUCCUUACUACUCGUCCCACCCAAACAACACCCCCAACUGGAAUUGAAGUGUGACAGUCCAUCUUCGAAUAUACACUCAGAGUUGAUAAAUUUUUACACAGACAAACCAUCCGAGAAUGUGCCCCAAGACGCCCGGACUCAGUCGCCACAACCACCAACAUCUUUCGUGACGACGCCCAUUGCAAUCCAAGUCGAUCAGCAAAUUCUUGCCCCUUGUCCCGAGUCCACAAUCACCCAAUUUAUUUGA